AUGUCGGACUACGAGGCUCUAUUGAAAUUUAACAAAGUUCCAAUAAAUAAGGAAAUGAUCAAUUACAUUUGUGCCCUUACUGAAUCUAUCAUUAACAUUAAGAAUAGUAACAGCAUGGUCUCCAUUGCAUUACCACCUCCUCCAUUAGCUAAAUUUAUUAAAAAUAUUUGUGUGAAAUCAAAUGUGCAGACCCCAACUUUAAUGGCAACAACUGUUUUAUUAGAAAAAUUGAAAAAAAUUAUACCAUCAAAUGUAUAUGGUAUUGAAUCUACAAGGCAUAGAAUUUUCUUAGGUUGUUUGAUUUUAUCUGCAAAAUCACUAAAUGAUUCAUCACCAUUGAAUAAGCAUUGGGCAAAAUAUACCGAAAGUUAUAUCCAUUUACGUGAAGUUAACACCAUCGAAAGGGAACUUUUGAAUUACUUUGAUUGGAAUGUCAGUAUAUCGCAAGAAGAAUUAUUCUCUUCUUUAUCAUAUUUUUUGGAACCAAUUAAACAAGACAUGAUGAUGAAACAAAGACAAAAUUCUUUAUUGAUGAACAUCCCAUCAGUAAACUCAUCCUCUAUCCAAUUACAAGAGGAUCUUUCAUGCAUUAAUCACCAUAAUAACAUUCCACUCGAAGAGACAAAAACUUCUUUAUUAUCUUAUUCGAAUUCAGACUAUUCAUUACCUUCUCUGGCGUCGUUCCAAUCUUAUACAGACAAAGACCACUCUCCAUCAAGUGUUGCUAGUAGUUUGGUUGAUGAAGAUAAUAUUUGUAACAAUGAUUCGAUUGAGAUCAUUGAUGAAAUUAAUUCCAAAUACAUUGACAACAUUACCCAACAUAAUAAGAUCACUAUUAAAAGAUCUGCAGCAUUACAUUCAUUCUUCUAA